CUUCUAAGUCUGAAAAGGGUCAGCUGAGUUGGAAGAGGGGAAGAUGGAGUGUUGGGGGCGGGGGGAACUGCGGAGACGUGGAUGGACAAACUCUAAUGGAGCAAAUAGAUACCACCUCGUACUACACCUGCCCUGGACGGGGCUGCCUGGAAAACAGAGUGGUCAGGACUUCUGGUGCACGAGAUGACAAGGCGAAUGGAGUCUUUAAGCGGACCCCAGCAAGAGGGUGUCCUCCACUAAGAGGGCAAUCGGGACCGUUCCUGGUGUCAGAGAGAAAGAUGAGAACCCAUCAGGUGUUCCCCUUGCCCCUGCUCCUGGUGAUUGCGUCUGUGGCUUCAGAGAACGCUAGCACAUCCCGGGGCUGUGGGCUGGACCUUCUUCCUCAGUACGUGUCCCUGUGCGACCUGGACGCCAUCUGGGGCAUCGUGGUGGAGGCAGUGGCCGGGGCGGGAGCCCUGAUCACACUGCUCCUGAUGCUUAUCCUCCUGGUGAGACUGCCCUUCAUCAAGGACAAGGAGAAGAGGAGGCCCGUGUGCCUCCACUUCCUCUUCCUGCUGGGGACCCUGGGCCUCUUUGGGCUGACGUUCGCCUUCAUCAUUCGGAUGGACGAGACCAUCUGCUCCAUCCGACGCUUCCUCUGGGGUGUCCUCUUCGCGCUCUGCUUUUCCUGCCUGCUGAGCCAGGCGUGGCGGGUACGGAGGCUGGUGCGCCAGGGCACAAGCCCGGCCGGCUGGCAGCUGGUGAGCCUGGCACUGUGCCUGAUGAUGGUGCAGGUCAUCAUUGCCACUGAGUGGCUGGUGCUGACUGUGCUGCGUGACACGAAGCCAGCCUGCGCCUAUGAGCCCAUGGACUUUGUGAUGGCGCUCAUCUACGACAUGGUACUGCUGGCCAUCACCCUGGCGCAGUCCCUCUUCACACUCUGUGGCAAGUUCAGGCGGUGGAAGGCGAAUGGAGCCUUCAUCCUCAUCACUACCUUCCUCUCUGUGCUCAUCUGGGUGGUCUGGAUGACUAUGUACCUCUUCGGCAACACCAUCAUUAAGGGAGAUUCCUGGAACGACCCCACCUUGGCCAUUACACUGGUGGCCAGUGGCUGGGUCUUUGUCAUCUUCCAUGCCAUCCCGGAGAUCCACUAUACCCUUCUCCCACCCCUGCAGGAGAACCCACCCAAUUACUUUGACACUUCACAGCCCAGGAUGCGGGAGACAGCAUUUGAGGAGGACAUGGCCCUGCCAAGGGCCUACAUGGAGAACAAGGCCUUCUCGAUGGAUGAACAUAAUGCAGCUCUUCGAUCAGCAGUGGGGUUUUCCAAUGGAAGCUUGGGGAAAAGAUCCAGCGGCAGCCUGGGAAAGAAGCCCAGUGGCUUGGGGAGCCGACCCAGCGCACCAUUCAGAAGCAAUGUGUAUCAGCCGACCGAAAUGGCCGUCGUGCUCAAUGGUGGGACUAUCCCAACCGCUCCGCCACCUCACACGGGAAGACACCACUGGUGAAAGACCUUAAGUUCCAGAGAAUAAGAAUCUCUCUUACCGAUUUUAUUCCCUGGCUAUGUCUUUCUUGAGGGCGAAAUCAAUAACCAUGGCAGAGACAGGCCACCUGGAAGCCAGGAAAUCCCACCAAGGGGAUUUCAUGUAAAUGUGACAUAUGGAUGAACUGGAAAGCUAACAGUGACUGCCCUUCUGGUAUCCUGCCAUACACACACACACACACACACACACACACACACACACACACACACAUUCAAACACGGAAAUGUCCUGCAAACUAAAUCAGAGCUAACUGCCAUAGUCUUAGGCUCACUCAGAAGCAUGGCUGGGAAACUGUUUCAUCCAUAGGGGCCAGGGCAGAAAAGAAUUCACAGCUGGUAUGCCCAGCUGAUGUUGGCUUAGAUGAGGGGUCGGAGCCAGCCUGUCACCCCCUCCCCGCCAAGUUCUGGUUGGUGAGGUGGUCUUUUGGAGAUAACUGUGCCCUUGAGGUUAACUAAUGGACCCUUCUCCCUGGCUUGCUUGCCUGGUGGCCCACGCAGUUCAGGGGACUUUAGGAGGUUGUGGCUAUGAUUCCAAAGCCAGGCCAAAACCAGACGUCAGGGAGCUGUGUAGCCAGUAGGAGUGGAAGAACCACAGAAUGUGCCAAAGAGGAGAAUGGACUCUGGACCUUGAAGCAACCAUCACCGGCCUCUUGCUCUACCAAGCACCCCCAACCCCAACCUCCCUUACAGAGUGAUAGAAGCCUCCUUCCUUCCUCCCUCCUCCUGCAUUUUCGGUACUCCUCCAAGCCCUUUCCCCUGAUUUCAUUCCCAUGUUCAUUUCAGAAGCUCAAAUAGGUCCGCCAGCAUGAAGCUGCAGGGGAGUCAGGCUAAAAGACAGGCACCAUAGCCUUCUUCUCAUAGUGAUGUCCUACGGCUGGGCUCCCCAGGGUGACCUCUGGAAUGGAGAGGUGACAUCCUGAUGUCCAGUGACUUCUGGGGGUUAUUUUCCCUUGAUGUGGGUAGAAGUUCAAGAUAGGAUGAGUUCCAUGAAGGUUUCUUAAGUGCUUUCAGGGGGUGGAGAGAAUGUUUUAAUCUUGGUUUCCCGAUGGUUCUAUAAAAAUGGCCCUCUUCACAGCCGUCAUUUGUCAUGGCUUCCAUUUGUCCUGACCAAGUCAUUCCUUUGUCGCUCAGCAUCUCCAGCCUCCCUGCCAUGAAAAGCCCCGUGUUCUCUGCGCUGUUUGGCCAGCAUAAUCUCUAGCAACCUUUCCACGCUAAGAGUUUGAACCUGACCACGUGGAUUGUAUAAAAAAAGGGUGGGGCCUCUGCAUACACUCUAAUCGCUGCAUUGUUUUUUUUCCAUAAAAACUACCCAUAAGCCUUUAACCUUUAAUGAAAGCAAAAUUUAAAAGGUUAGUGUUUGGGGGUGGGGGUGGGGACUGACCUCUUCUUAAGCCAGUACACCUGAGCUGAGUGUUUUAAUAAACCUGAUUUUUCUCAAGGCCCCAGUCUCUGCUGUGUCCCCUCCCUGUCUUACCCUCUCCUUGCAGAGCCUUAGGGAGGUGAGGCCAAUCUGGCCAGCAUGUGGCUCUCCUGCAAGUUUUUCUUACAGCUAGCGCAUCACCAUGCAUGGGAGCCAGAAAGCAUCACACCCAAAGGCCACUCCUUCCCAACCUUCUGGGACAACCCACCCCCAUCCAGAGCAUGUGCUUGCUUCCAGAGGGUUUGAAUCAGUCCUUUGUGCUUCAGGGCCAUCAUGUGGUGGGCUGAGAAGUCAGAGGCUUGAGCAGGGGUAGGAGGGAAAGGCGGCUAGGGCUGCAUGGGGUGGAGGCUUUUGCAUGCCCUACCCAGCUUUCUGCAAAGAAAUCUCCAAGCACCUUGGGCCAGUCCGGUGACAAACGUCAGCGCUCCGCGUUCUUGUGCCAGGAAGUGGCUGCCCACCCCCGCUCUCUGGAGUCCUUUGGAGCGUUCUGAUGUCACCAGUGACUCGGUCUGCAAAAGCCCCCUUACAGAAGGGAGAAGCUGACAUGAUUGAUGGUUUUCUCUCUAAGCUCUUUGUUGUCCACGUAUAAGGUGAGCACCGUGCAAAUGGGUGUGCAGAAAGCAGCGUUUCUGCACUGUAAAAACAGAACCAUUUUGAGCCACAGGAAACCUCAACUAGUGAGGCCUUUUGGUUUUGCUUUUUUUCUUUCCAAUCCUGAUAGGCUAUUGCGCUUCUGGGCUUUGUUUUAUCUUGGCUUUAAGAUUUAGGGUGGGCUGAAUGUUUUUAGGCCGGGGUCAGAGGUGGGAGCAAAGGAAAAAGGGCGGUGAGUCCAAGUUCACCUGAAGAGGACCACAAGACAAACUCCACCCAAAGACUGUGGCAGCCAGCUUCCGACAGAGCAAAGCUGAAGUACCUGGCACCUCUUUAAGAGUUGACUGACUCGAGACUUGGUUGGGGAAAAUGGUCUUGGAGAGUCAUCCGUGAAUGACCCCAAGCUGCAAGCACAACUUAACAUGCCCAGGUAGUAAUGCCAUAUUGGGACUACGACAGCCACUCUGUCCCCUCCUGAGUGAAGACUCCACGGUGUUCUGGAGUCCACUGCCAAGGUGGCGGGACAAUGGCAGAGGGGAGAGGCUCUACUAUGUCAGUUGUUUCCAGAGUUACGUGAUUGUUGUCCACCCCCCCCACACACACAGAUGAGGUCAAGGCCAGUGACCAAGUGCAGACAGGGUGGGAGGGGUUGUCUUUUGGGUUUGCCAAAUCACAAAGUAGGAGAGGGCACUGGCAUUUACACAUCCAAGGAUGUAGCAACCAUGUGAGAUGAUGAGAGCCCUUGGCAGGUGCUUUUUAUUCAUAAAGAGCUCCGGCUCACUUUUGAUAGAUAAUAUAUAUUUAUUAAAUGUAUUAAUGUGUAUUUUAUAAUGUACCCCACUCUUACCCUCAUCCUGGCUGACUUGCAUACUUAUAAACAAUUUGAGAAACUUCAAGACAAUCAGUAUGUACAGGGCUGUAUAUAAAUAUCACAGAUUUAAAAGGUUGUUAAAGCAUGGGCAGAUAGGUUUUAUUUUCAAAAUGCUGUUCUUAACAAGAAAAUAAAGGCUUUACUAUUUA